AUGACGGACCUAGUACUAGUAGUGACUGGUGUGGGUGGGAUGGGAUUAGCAGUUGCCAGAAGACUAGGAAGCGGUCGGCGAGUGAUUCUUGCGGACUAUUCAGAAAAGGCGUUGGACGCUGCUGUCUCUCAGCUCCAAAGCGAAGGGUUCAUCGUUGAAAGCCACAAGGUCGAUGUGGCUGACUACGAUUCCGUGAGGCAGCUGUCUGAGCAUGCAGCAAAAGCAGGCAGGAUCGAUGCAAUUGUUCACACAGCCGGCGUGGCUCCGGCAACCGGAUCAAAGGAGCAAAUUCUUGACGUUGACCUAGUCGGAACCGUCAACAUUAUUGACGCCUUUCUGCCCGUUGUCUCUCCGGGAAGCAGUCUUGUUUGUAUCGCGAGCUCAGCCGGGCAUAUGUAUAAGUUUUCAGAGAACCUUGAGCAGCACCUCGCCACAGCCCCCCGCGAAAAGAUUGUUGAUCACCCGGACAUUACUAGUACCACCCGAGUAUCAGCUUAUUCAUUAGCCAAAAGGGGAAACACUCUUCGUGUCCAGAGAGCGGCGCUGGCGUAUGGAUUGAAGGGCGCCCGAAUCAACACAAUCAGCCCAGGGGUUACCCACACCCCCCUGGCUCAGGCCGAGCUCGCCGGAGACCUAGGUGAUAGUGUCAGAAGCUUGGUUGCUGCUGCUGCCUUCCAGCGCCUUGGGACAACAUUCGAAAUCGCAGCAGCUGCGGCAUUCUUGUGCAGUAGUGACGCAUCCUUUGUCACAGGUACCGAUCUUCUUGUUGAUGGCGGUGUGAUUGCCGGGAAGGCUUGGGGACCCAAAGCUGGAAAAUAG